CGAGGACUAGUUGCCCAGCGUCGAAGAGGACCAUGCGAGCUUGGUUUGCCGCCUGUGCGCUGUCGGUCACCGCGUUGGCCGCCCGUGCCGCCGUGCUGGUCGAUUUCCAGGUUGCGCAGCCGCCUCCGCUCCCCAGGAAUGCCAAACAAUGUACCGUGGAGAUCCUGACCCGUACGUUCGGGUUCUCGUUUGGAGAUCCGGAAAUAGUUCAGUUUACACCCCCUACCGAUUGCGGUCCGGUGGGCUCAUGGGCUGGAAUCGAGCUCAACUUUACCGUCACGUCCAACGGGACCCAGUUCGACCGCCUCGGCAUCUUCACCUUCCAAAACGUCGAGAUCUGGAGGACGUCCACACCAGAGCCAACUCGCGGCGACGGCAUUAUCUGGACCUACCUCAAAGAUGUGACCCGCUUCCUCCCGCUGUUCUCCAAACCGGGAACAUUCAUAUUGCAGCUGGAUAAUCUGUUGGAGACGGGUCUGGACGGCCAGUAUGCCACAACCCUGCAUGCUACCUUCUUCGCGUCUUCUGCCAUUCAUCCACCGGCGCCUAGGGCCAACACCAUUAUCCCCAUAUCCACCUUGGCCAACAACACCGGUAACGAUGCGUCAGUGCCUCCCACGUUUUCCCUGAACGUGACCGUACCACGCAACGCGACCGCGAUCUACGCGGAGCUCAUCGCCUCCGGCAACGGCAACGAGGAAUUCUGGUACUUCAACACCGCCGACGCCUUCGUGAACGACCUGCCCCCGGGGUUCACCUUCCCGGACGGGCCCUUCCGCGAAGUGCGGCUGCUCGUCGACGGCGUGCUCGCGGGUGCCGCGUUCCCGUACCCGGUCGUUUUCACGGGCGGAAUCCUGCCCACGGCCUGGCGGCCGAUCACGUCCUACGGCGCGCUCGACCUGCCCUCGUACUUUCUCGACCUGACCCCCUUCGUGCCGGUACUUACCGACGGCCAGUCGCACACGAUCUCGCUGGACGUGGCGAGCGUUGAGGACGAUCGCGCCAUCAACCAGAACUGGUUCGUAUCCGGGUUGCUGCAAGUCGUUGAGGAUCCGUCCGGGAAGCCGACGACGGGGAAUAUCACGCUGUACGACGCGCAGCCGUUCGCGGUGGGCAACUCGACGGGUAGUUUGGGCGCCAACGGGGAUUUGAACGUGACGGUGACGGCGAGCCGGAAUGUACAUAUCGAGUCGGAAAUCAUCAGCGGAAGCGGGGUCAAGACCAAGGUGGUGUUCACGCAGAACCUGGAGUAUACCAACCUGCAGCAGUACCUUGACAACUUGAACAUCCAGAACGUGUUCCAGACGGCGACGGGCAAGGUUCUUUCGACCCACAAUGGCAUCCCGGUCGUUAUCGAUGACUACUCGUUCCCAUUCAACGUCAACAUCACCUCUGCCAACGCUGCGGGUACAGCCUUUACCGCGGAUUUUGAUCACAGCUACAACCGCCAAAUCCUACCCGCCCCAUUCAUAUUGGGCUCCACUAUCCAGGAACGACAGCUCGCGGGCGGCUUUUUCAACGAGACGCCGUCAGGCAACACGGGGAACGGGACGAGCACCAACACGUUCUCGUACGUGGAUACUGCGGGGAAUACGUACGACCGGGAGGUGAGCGCGGUGAACAACAACAUCACCUCGGACCACCAGGGCGGCAGCCUAGCGCCAACGGCCGCUACGCGUUUCCCGGCGUUUGGGCCGUUACAGCUGAAGGGCUUCGACGCGCAGUUCAGGAUGCCGGGGGACAGGAAGGUCACUGGGCGGGGAUGAGCGUCGCGCCCCCGCACCCCGCGCAACGCCCACGCACGGCUCUCCCCCAUACCAACCCGACUGUUAGCGGCCGUUGUCAGGCUCGUUCGACGACCCGGAGGAAUUAUAAUGUUCGUGCUCGCUCUAGAACGGCUCCGCGUUGCGUGCGUUGCGGUACCGACGACGCACGAGACGCACAGUCAAAUGUCUUGUCGACGAUUUUGCGUUCGUGCCCCGCAACUGGGGGGAAUGCGCGGUUAGCGGUGUCCGGGGUCUCCGUGCGCAUAUCAAUUCUGAUUUUCCGUUUACGGAUCCGGGGCGAGAACGAUCUGCAGUUGCCCGUUAUCAACGGUGGUGACACACCUGCCGGAACAGGAAGGGGCUGACGGUGAAAUCGAGAGAUCGAUCGUGGGCGCAGAAUCUGAUCUGCGCACGGAAAGCCUGUUUCUGCGUGAUCUGGAUUUGAUCCUUACGGCACGCAUCAGUGAGCAUCAGUGGCGACCGCCCUCUCGCCGGUGUUCUUGCACAGGCUGCCUGCUACG